AUGAACUUCUUUAAUAUAUUAAAGAACACCUCAUUUGAGAUAGAUGCAAUAAAAAUAAAUUUUCUCUUCUUUAAGAGUUUAAUAAUUUAUAAUAUACCUUUAAAAAACAUUGAAAUAAGAAAGAUUCUUUUUCAUUUUUAUUUUAUAAAAAGGUUCCUUGCUUUAAUCUUUAACAAGAAAACAAAUGAGGAUGACAAUAAUAAAAUUAAAAUAAAAAAUAAAAAAAAAAAUAAAAAAAUAAAUAAAAAAAUAAAUAAUAGCAUUAGUAGUUAUAGUAGUAGUUGUUGUAGUAUUUGUAGUUGUAGUUGUUGUAGUAGUUGUACUUGUAACAAUAAGAAUAAUGACAUAUGUGAUAAUUAUAAUCAUCAUAAUGAUGAUAUUAUAAAUAAUUCUAAAACUUUUAAAAAAGAAUAUAUUGGUAAUAGACUUAAUGAUAACCAUUCCAAUGAAUAUAAUAAGGAACAAAAUAUUAAUGUCUCUAGAAAAAACAAACAAGAGAUAUUUAUAAAAUCUGUAAAGGUAUCCAUAAAUUAUUCGCAGGUUGAACAAUAUAAUUCUUAUUAUAAUAUUUAUUUUAAAUUAGCUAAUCAAAAUAUUAUAUGUAGAAUAUUAUAUUACAUAUUUUUUAAGUUAUUAUUAUAUUGGUUUAUUAAAAUAUUUUUUAAAUUUUAUUAUAUUAAAAUUGAACAAGUACAUGUAAAUAUAUAUUAUAACUAUAAACAUAGGCACAUAAAAUAUUGUGAUAAUAAAAAAAAUAUUUCUAAAAGUAUAAAUGUAUAUAAUAUAAAAUUUUAUGAUCUAUCUGUUUUUUAUAAUACACUCACAGAUACUAUAACAAAUAUUCAACAAAAUGUUGUUCAAAAGAAAGAUCAAAUUAUAUCAAAGGGAGAAAUCCAAAAUUUAAAUGCCCAAGAUAAUCAAACAAAUAACAAUAAUAAUAUGGAGAAUCACACAUACGAUAAUGUUGAACAUAACACAUGUCAAAAAAUAUAUAAUAAUUUAUGUUCCUAUAACACGUUUAAUAUAUUUUGUAAAAAAAUUAUUCUUUUUAAAGAAAAUAAUCAUCACAAUAAUUUAAUACACAUCAAACAUCCAACCAUUAUAUUGGAUAAUCAUACCAAUAAGUUUUUUUUUCCUUUUUUCCAUAUAAACCUUAAGACAUGCGAAUUGAAAGAAAUUUGUUAUUUAUUAAAUUAUAUAAACAAUGACCAUUUUAUAAACGAUUUAAUAAAAAUUAUUGAAAGGAAUGAACACACCAGUUAUGUAAAUUAUGAAAAAAAAACAACAGCACAAAAUGAAAAUAAAAAUUAUUAUAACUGCUUUUUAAACUGUUCCUUUUUUUUUAAUUAUUUAUUUAUUCAUUUAUAUUUAAAAAAUAAAUUACUUUUAAAAAAUGAAAUUCAUAAAUUACAUAUAAUACAAAAAAAAUAUGUAAAUAAUAAUCAUUGUAAUAAUAAUGUAUGCUAUUAUAAUAAUACAAGUGAAAAAAAAUUACCUGACCGUUUCGAGCUAUUUUUCAAUUAUCUCCUGACUUGUUCAGAAAAAAAUGUAAUUCGCAUUGGUGAGGAAAAAAAGAAAAAUAAUAACAAUAUAAAAAUAAAUAUAAAUAAUAAUAAUAAUAAUAAAAUAAAAAAUGAAAUAUAUUUAGAGGAGGAGAAGACGUGUCCUUUAAAUAAUAUUCGAAACAAUGAGAAUACGAUAUUAAAUAAUAAUUAUAAUUAUAGUGAUAUAAAUAUUGAUCAGAGGAGUAUUUAUGGUAUGGGCGAGUCUAAUGAACAUAUGAAUAAAGAUCAAGAAGGAGAAAAAAAAAUGAAUUAUUUUGAUGAGGAAAUAUUUAUGAAAGAAGAUGAAAAAGAAUGUAACUUCAUUUUAAAAAUAUAUCAAAAUUUUAAAAAUUCUUUGUCUUUAAGAAACGUUUUUAUUAUUUUUGAAAUAAAAGAAAUGUUGGAAUUAUACGAAAUAAUACAAAAGGAAUUAUUAAUUACUCAUUUGUGUGUAAGUAAAAAAGAGUAUGAUACUACAACAAAUAAAUAUAAUAAUAAUUAUGAUAAUUUUUUGGUGAAUUCUCUUUUUUGUAGUGAUAUAUAUAUUGAAACGUUUCGUUUGUUCCUCAAUAAAAAUAUAAAUAAAAAUAUAAUAUUAAAUGAAAACAUUAUUUUUAUAAAAAAUAGAAACGAAGAGUUGUGUUAUGAUAAAUCACAAAUGAUUGAUAAGGAAGAAAUUAUAAAAAUAGAAAUUCAAGAGAUAAAAAAAAAAAAUAGUAAGAAUGAUACAUGUAUAGAAAUAAAACACCAUGGAUGUGGUGAUCAAUAUAAUGUAGAUAAUAUUUAUAAGGAUAUAGAGAAAGAAAAGAUAGAAAGAGAAAGAUAUAUAUAUUUAAAUAAUAUAUUAUUUACUAGUGUUUAUUAUGAAGAGGAUAUUUUAUAUGAAUAUUCAUUAUGUGAAAAAAUAAAUAUUAUAUUAAAAAUAGAAAGAGAAAUAGAAAGAGAAAGAGAAAUAGAAAGAGAAAUAGAAAGAGAAAUAGAAAUAGAAAGAGAAAGAGAAAGAGAAAAAGAAAUAGAAAGAGAACAUUUAUAUAAUAAAAAAUUUUAUAAUGAUAAUAACAUUAUUGUUACUAUAUAUGUUCCUAAUUUUGUUGGUUAUAUUUUACCUACACAUUUAAAUUUUAUUUAUUAUUUAUAUUGUAUAUAUUAUUUAAGAAAAAAAAAAAGUACACAUAUUUUUAAUUGUUGUAUGAGAAAUGUAUUAAGAGAAAAAUGUCGAGUGAAUAAAAAAAAAUUAUAUGAAUAUACAACUACUGAUCAUAAACAAGAAUACGAAGAAAAAAAAAGAAAAAACAAAAAAAAAAGUUCACUUUUUAUUAUUAAAUUAAUUUGCACAAAUUUUUCAUUACAAUUUUUUUGUAUUUCAAACAAAUAUAAUGUUAUUAAUAAUAAUUGUAAUGUUUUAUAUACAAAUAAAGGAAAUAAUAAAAAUGUAAUAAAUGAUAAUAUAAUAUCACCUUUGUUUAUUACAUUUAACUUGUAUUAUUUUUUAAAAAUUAAAUUAAAUAAUAGAUAUUUGUCUUAUAAAACAUAUUAUUUGAAUAAUCAUUAUUUUUAUUUUAAUAAUCUAAAAGUUCAACUGUUAUCAUGUUGCAAUAUUCUGAGAGAUGUUUGUGUCUUUGAAAAAAAAAAGAACAAAAAUUAUAUGCCAUAUACAAAACGAAAUAAAAAACUUUCAAAUGAUAGGAAUAAAUAUAAUGUUAACCCUCCUUGUGAUUUAUAUUUAAAAAUUAGUGACAAGGAAAUUGAUAUAAAUAUAAUUAAUAAUGUUAAAAUAAUUUUUCUUAAUUUUAUUAUUUAUCAAAUAUAUAUUGCCAUACGAAGAAUUAUUUAUUUAGAUAAUAUAAAAUUAAAUUAUAAAAGUACAAAAAAAAAAAAAUUCAUAAAUGAAGAGAAAAGAAAAAGAAAAGUGAAACAAAACAUAUAUCAUCAUAUCUUAUUUAAAAAGAAUUAUUUUUUAAGGAAUAUAAGGAAUAUAUCAUUGGAGAAAAAUAAAGAGAAAAAAUAUAUAUAUGAUGAUAAUAAUGAAGAUAAUAAUGAUGAUAAUAAUGAUGAUAAUAAUGAUGAUAAUAAUGAAGAUAAUAAUGAAGAUAAACAUUUGAAUAAUUAUAAUAUUAAAGAUUUAUUCUUUCUAAAUAAUAAAGUCAUUCAUAAUAAAUCAUAUUAUCAAUAUGAAGGAGAGCAUAAUAAUAAUAAUAAGAUGACAGUAUCAGAGACAACAAUACCUAUAAAUUUCAAAAGAAAAGAUACAAAUAAAAUAUAUACAUAUUACAAUUUUUAUAAUAAAAAAAAAAAAAAGACAUCAGUAUUUGAAUUAUAUCAUCUUUUAAAAUAUAUUAUCCAUAUAAAAUUAAAAAGUCAUAUUACAUUUAUAUCAUUUGAUAAUGUUUAUAAUAGUUUAGAAAAAAUAAUAAAUAUAAAAAAAAAUGAGGAUAUAUUAAAAAAUCAAUAUGAAAUAUAUUUAUGUAGUAAUAUAUGUAUAUAUUAUUUUGAUCUGUUACAUAAAUAUAAUAUAAAAAAAAAUAAUUUUAUUAAGUUGUUCAUCGAUUUUUAUGCAUUCAAAAUAUAUAAAAGAUUAUAUAAGAAUAAAAUGUUUAAUAUGUGUAGGUUUAAAAGAUAUGAUUAUAAUGAUUUUGAAACAAAUGAAAGUAACAUCAAAAGAAUAAAUAAAAUAAAUAAAUAUGAUAGUCCUUACAAUAAUGAUGAGUCACCUUAUUUUGGUUUGAUAACUACAAUAAGAAAUAUAGAUUUCACAUAUGAAUUAUUAAAACGUUAUGAUAAGAAUACACUUGUUUAUCAUAUUAAUAAACCUUUUGAUGACAACCUUUAUAAUAUUAAAGAAGAUAUAUAUGAUGAGGUUAUAAAAAAUAUAAAAAGAUAUAAUACAAAUACUAAAAUAUAUUGUAACAAUAUUUCUAUUAUAUAUAAGACGAAUGAUUUUUUUAAUUUUUUGAAUAAAUAUAUUUUAACCGAUUUUUUAAAUAUAUUUUCUUUAAAGCAUCCAUAUGAAAUAAAACAAAAAAAAAUAAAAAAAAUAAUAAAAAAAAUAAUAAAUAAUAAUAAAAUGAUAAAUACAUGUGAUGGUAAUAAUAAUAAAAUGAUAAACACAUAUGAUGGUAAUAAUAAUAAUAAAAUGAUAAACACAUAUGAUGGUAAUAAUAAUAUAAUUUUAAACACAUGUGAUGGUAAUAAUAAUAAAGUGAUAAACACAUAUGAUGGUAAUAAUAAUAUAAUUUUAAACACAUAUGAUAGUAACAAACAAAUUUGUAAUGAUAAAAAAUAUUAUAUUUUUUUUGAAGAUGAAGUGUGUAAUAUGUUUAGACUACGUAAUUAUAUUAUUUUAAAAAAUAUGCUUGAAAUGGAAGAUGCAAAAUAUAAGAAAGGAUAUGAAUCAAAGAAUUUUUGUUCAUAUAAUAAUAUUUAUAGAAUAGAAAAGAAAAAAAUGAAAAAUAUGAUUAUAAGUUUGAAUAAAUAUAAUUUACAUUUUAAUAAUGUAAUUUUAUAUAUUCCAUCAAUUUAUAAUAAUAAUAAAUUUUUAAUUUUUAAAAGUAGAAAUAUAGAUAUAAAAAAUAAAUAUAUAUUUAAAAAACAAGAUAAUAAAAUUAGAUUAUAUGAUAAAAUAUUAGUAUAUUUUUUAAAUAAUUCUUGUUUUUCAUAUCCAAUAAAAAAUAUGGUCAUGAAUAAUUUCCAUCUUCUCAUUCAAUAUUAUAGAAAUGUUUUAUAUAAAAAAAAAAAUCCUCUUUUUUUUCUCAACAUUUAUUUAUGUGGUGUCAUACAUAUGUGUCCAGAAGAUUUUAAUUUAUUACAGCAAGUAGUAGUUGAUAAUUUAUUAAAUAAUAAUGUAGAAUAUUUUUAUGAUAAGUUAUAUUGUAAUUUAUUACACACACAAAAAAACCAAAAUAAAAAUAAAAAUAUAAAUAAAAAUAUAAAUAUAAAUAAUAAAAACAACAACAAUAAUAAUAGUAGUAGUAAAAAUAUGGUUGAAUACAUAUUAUAUUGUAAUGAUAAUAAAAAUUUUGAAGGUAUCCAAAAGAAGAUGGAUCAUCCAAAUAUAUAUAAUAUAAAAAAAGGAGAAUGUAAUAAAAAAGAUAAAAGAAAUAUGUGUAAAGAUAUCCAUAUUAUAUUUCACUUUUUAAAUUUACAUAUAUAUAUAAAAAAUAAUUAUUUAAAAAGUAAUAUGCUUUAUAUAUAUAGUAGAUAUUUUAAUAUAGAUAUUAUAAAAUAUAUAAAUAGAAAAGACACCAUAAUAACACAUAUGAAAGGAUUCAUACCUAUGAUAUUAAGUUAUUUAUAUGAGUAUCCAAAUAAUAUAAUAAUGUAUCAUAAAAAAAUAAAUAAACAGGAAUAUAUAAAUAUUAUAUCCAGACAAAAUAAUAAAUAUUUAUAUUUAAAUAGUUCUCAAUUUGAUAUAUUAAUAAAAAAAGAAAUAAAAAGAAAUAUUUUUAUAUUGAAUGAAAAAAAAAAUAAAAAAUUAAAACAAAAUGAAUGUUGUGAAAUAUUUUAUAAAAGAUCUAAAGAUAAUUUUAUUGGUAAACAAAUAUGGAAUCAUAUUAACAUAAAAAUUAAAAGUGUUUAUAUAAAUACUGAUAUCUUUCAAUUAUAUAAUUUAUAUAUUUUUUAUUUUGUAACUGAUAAAAAUUUAUUUAUAUAUGAAAUAACUAAACUCAUAAAAUUUGAAAGGUAUAUAAAAAGGUUGAAUACAAAAAAAUUUUUAUCAUCAUUAUAUAUUAAAGCAAAAAAUAUAAAUAAAAAUAAAUAUAAAUAUAUAAAUGAAAAAAAAAAUACAUAUGUAAAUGAAAAAAAAAAUACAUAUGUAAAUGAAAAAAAAAAUACAUAUGUAAAUAAAAAAAUAUAUACCAUAAGGGAUAAAGAAAAUGGUCAUAAGAAUAAUUAUUAUGAUAUGCUAAUAUAUUUAUAUUUAUAUAAAAAAAUGAAAAAUAUAAAAUCUACAGAUUUUAAUUAUUAUAGUAGUUAUAUAAAAUAUAAUAAUACAUAUAAAAUAAAUAUAAACAUUAAACAAUUAUCUUUUAUAUUUAAUUUUAUGUUUUAUGAAUAUAUCACAUAUCCUCCGAAAUUAUUUUACAGACAUAUAAAAAAAAAAAAAAAAAAAAAUAAUGUAUAUUUUAAUAAUAAUAAUAAAAAGGAAUACAACAAUGAAUUAUGUAUUUUAUAUAAAGGAUAUUUUUAUAUUAAUCUUUUAUUUAAUACAUGGAAAAAUAUGUUUCUUUAUAUUGUUGACAAGAAAAAGUAUAUGUCUAUAAAUGGUUACUUGUUUGAUGUUAAUAAUGUGAUAGAUAAUAAUAAAAAUGUAGAUAAUAUCAAAUGUGUGAAUCAUAAUAAUAUAUCAUCUUAUGAAGAUCCUAUUUUUUCUAAUAAUAUAUAUACUAAAGAAAUAAAACAAAAUGGGUAUUGUAUGACAAAUAAUGCAUAUUCAAAUUUACCAUAUAUUUUAAAACAUUUAUAUGAUAAUAUAAAUGAUAUAUAUAAUGAAAAAAUUGAGAUAGAUUUUAUGAUAAAAAAAAGUAAUAAAUUAUAUUUAAUAAGUUCUAAUAUAUCAUAUCUUAUAAGUUCGAAUAUGAAUAUACAACUAAAUUGUAAUUAUAAUAAGGAUAUAUAUUUUUUGAAUAAGAUAAAAAAAAUAAAAUUCAAUUAUUUUACUUUUAAGGAUAUAUAUGCAGAUGAUAUGGUUAUUACUGAGACAGGUCAUUUGAAUAAAAAAAAUAAACCUGACGAUAAAUAUGAUGAUAUAAAUGUGAAUAGAUAUGAUGAUAUAAAUGUGAAUAUAUAUGAUGAUAUAAAUGUGAAUAGAUAUGAAGAUAUAAAUGUGAAUAGAUAUGAAAAUAUAAAUAUGAAUAGAUAUGAAAAUAUAAAUAUGAAUAGAUAUGAAAAUAUAAAUAUGAAUAGAUCUAUAUUUACAAAUAAUUCAUUUAAAAAUGUUAUACAUGAUACAAGAUUUUUAUAUCACAAGUCAAAUAUAAAAAGAUGUAAUAAAAAUGAAUAUUCUUUAUUAUUACAUAAUAUAAAUAAAGAAAAUAAUCAAAUGGAUAAAAUAAAAAGAGAUGCAGAUUGUUCGAAUCCUCUUUGUAUGAAUAUAAAAAUAAAUAAUUUGAAUAUAAAUAUAACAUUAAAAGAUUUAUUAUAUUUAAUAAAUAAAUUGAAAGAAAUAAAUUAUUUUAUAAAAUAUUAUGAAGAUAUGAAUGUAUUAUUUUUUGAUAAAUUAUGUAGGGAAAUAUUAUGUAAUAAAUAUAUAUGUAAAAUAAAAAAAGAAAAAAUAAAUAUAUCUUAUCAUUCAAUUUUAUUUUUAAAUAUAGAUAUAUAUAAAUGUUCUUUAAAUUUAUAUAAACCUAUAUAUUGUUAUAAAGAAAAAGAAAUAUAUGAUAAAUAUAAAAUUGUAAAUAUAAAUACUUAUGGAUCUUUUUUUUAUACAUGUUGUUUUAAUAAAAAGGAUAAUGAUACAAUUUUUAAAAAAAUACAUAUCUCUUUAUAUGUAGAUAUAUUUUUUUCAAAGAAUAAUAUAAAUGAAGAAUUUGUAAAGAAAAUGUAUAUAACAUUUAUUUAUAUAAAACGUAAAGAACAAAAUAAUUUUUUUUUUAUACUUCAAAAUGAUAUUCUUAAUGUAUUUAUUACAAAAAAUGUGAUGCGAAAAAUUUUAUAUAUGUAUGAAUGUGUAAUGGAUAUGAAUAAUUAUAUAUGCAAUGAUAAAAUAAAAAAAAAAAAUAAAAAAAUAAAUAAAAAUAAAAAAAUAAAUAAAAAUAAAAAUAAACAUAAAAAUAAACAUAAAAAUAAACAUGAUUAUAUUUAUAACAAUAAUGUGAUGUUAGAAGGUGAUGACUUCAUAAAUAUUCAUAUUAAAGAAAAAAAUAAAAAAUAUGAUACACUACAAAUUAUAAAGAAUAAAAAAAAUCUUUUUCAAUGUGAUGAAGAUAUAUAUUAUAAUUUUGCAAACAUAUAUUUAUUAUUAAAUAAUUAUAAAGAAAAAAUAUUUUUUUAUCAAUCCAAAGAUAUAUAUUAUUUAAACAAUGAUAAUGAGAAUCCCUUACUAAUGUUUUAUAUAAAUAAAAAAAAAAAAAAAAAAAAAAAAACAGCAACAACAACAACAAAGAGAAAAGAAUAUAUAGAAAGUUUAAGAAAUAUAAAUGAAGACAAGAAGAAAAAAAUAUAUGAAAAACCUCUAUACAUCUUUCCAGUUUUAAAACAAUAUUAUAUAAAAAAAGAUAAUUUAAUUAUGUAUAGAAAAAAUAAUAUAUUUCAUUUUAUUACUAAUGUAUGUAUAUAUAAUAAUACCAAUUUUGAUAUAAUUUUUUUAUAUAAAAAUUAUAAGACGUUAUUAUAUUCUAAAAAAAAUAAUUAUAUAAACAAUUUUCAAGAUAUUCAAGAACCAUUCUGUAUCUUACUUUUUUAUAAAAAGAAAUUGUUUGUUUCACAAUGUAUUAAUAUAUAUCAAGGAUUUCAAAAAAUUACAUAUGAUAAUAGAUUCCAUUCCAAAAACAACAUUCAUUUAAAUGUUAAAAGAAAACAAAAAGAAAUUAAUAAAAUAUUUAAUUUAAAUAAAAACAUAAACCAUAACAACAAAAAUGGGAAUACAAAUUAUUUUUAUGAUGAUUUGCAUCAUAUUAUUUGUAAUAAGGACCUUUAUUAUAAAAAACAUCUACCCUUGAAAGAAUAUAAAAAAUGGACAGAUUUUUUUUAUUUUAAUCUAUGUCAAGGACAAGAACAUGAAAAAAAAUGUGAUGAUCAAAAAAAAUGUGAUUAUCAAAAGAAAUAUAAAAAUGAUGACAUUCAUAUGGAACACAUGCCUAAUAAUACUUAUCAAUUAUUCAGUUUGAUAGAAAGAAAAUAUAUUAAAUUAUUUUUAAACAAUACUCAUAUUAAUUAUGAUAAUAAUGAUAUAGAGUUUAUUAUAGAUAUGACAGCUAUGAAGAAUAAUAAUUCGAUAUAUAUACAUAUAGAUACACAUGUAAGAUUAUUAAAUCUUCUACCUUUACAAGUAUUUUUUAAAUGUCAGAAUAAGAUAGAGAAAAUUAAUUCAUUUCAAAAGAAAGAUAUAUUUUUUCACGAUAUUACAUUAAAUGUAUCAUCGAAUGAAUUUAAUGAUGUAAAUAAAUUUAAAAUAAUGUAUCAAAAAGAUGAAAAAAAAAAAAAGAGUGAUAUAAUACCACUUAUAGAGAAUAAUAUAAUUUCUUGUGAAAAUAGAAAAGAAAUAUUUUAUGUAAAUUAUUUUAGAUUAAAUAAAGAAAUGAUUAUAACAUGUCACACUGUUAUUUUUUUAUAUGAUAUAUGUGUGAAGGAUAUACAAAUUAAUGAUCAUAAAAUAUUUUUUAGGACCAAAGAUAAAUAUAAUAGUAAUAUAAAAAAGGGAGUGGAUGAACCAUAUAUAUAUCCUCUUAAAAAAAUUAAAAAGUUUGAAUCAUUUUUUUAUGAACCAUGUAAAUGUAUUAUUAUGGAGAAUAAAAAAAUAGAGAAUAUAUAUUCUAAUACAAAUAUAGAGAUAAAAAUAAAAGGAAAUAAUCAAAAUAAUUCAAACGAUGUUAAGACAUAUAUGAUAAUAUGUUGGAAACGAAAAAAUGAGAUAUCUAAUUAUAUAAAUGAUAAGCUUAAUAUGUCUUCAAUUAUUUCAUAUUAUAAUAUAGAAAAGGGAUCUCAGAAUAUGACAAAUAAUAAUACAAAUAAUAAUACAAAUAAUAUGACACAAAAAAAUACAGAUAAUAUAACAUGCCAUACAAAAUAUUAUCAUAAUAAUAAUUACUUAUAUAACAAUUUUUUUGAUAAAAAAAAUGAUAUGUUAAGUCCAUGCAAUAAUUUUAUUAAACAAAUUAUAUUUAUUCAUCCAUAUUUUAUUCUUAUAAAUAAUACAAAUUAUAAUAUAGUCAUGUGCUAUCCUUAUAAUUUUUAUAACAAUAAUGGAAAUUAUAAAACAACUGAAAAUGAAAUAAAUAAAAGCAAAAGGACUUAUGAUUACCCUAGACACUCCACUAGUGUCAUUAAUUUAAUAUCUGAACAUGAAGAUAAAAAUUUUUUUUUUUAUAUCAGUAAUGGUGAUGAUAUUAGUAAUUAUCUUUUUAUAAGUGGAAGAGUGGAUAUAAGCAAAGAAUCGACGGUCAUCUUAUGUUUUCAAAAUAAAAAAAAUAUAAAACUAAAUGAAGACACAACAGAACAGAAACGUAAUAAUAAUGAUAAUAUUAAUAAUGAUAAUAUUAAUAAUAUUAAUAAUAAUAAUAAUUAUGUUUGUAUCAAAACAGACAAAGAAACAUACCAUGUUUCAUAUAUUCAUCUAAAAAUUACAGUAUGCAAAGGAUAUAACUUACAAGGAAAUUAUAAGAAAAAUAUAUUUCAUAAUAGUAUGUAUAUUAUUAUAUCUGAAUAUAUAAAUAAUAGAUAUAAAUUUGAAAAGUACAUAUCAUAUAUAAAUAAUUAUAAUAGUAAUAAAUUAUAUGUAAAUCAUAAUAUAGAAAAAAAUAAUGUUAUGAAUAUAUAUAAAUAUAUAAAAAAUGAAUCAAAAAGUGAUCAAAUAGGUGUGCAUUCAUAUGGUAAAAAAUUUAUAGAACACGAACACAAUAAUGGAUAUCAUGAAAAUAAGGAUUAUUAUGAUGAUGGAAAUAAGGAUUAUUAUGAUGAUGAAAAUAAGAAUUAUUAUGAUGAUGAAAAUAAGAAUUAUUAUUAUGAUGAUGAUAAGAAUUAUUAUGAUGAUGAUGAUAAGAAUUAUUAUUAUGAUGAUAAGAAUUAUUAUAAUGAUGAUAAGAAUUAUUAUGAUGAUGAUGAUGAAGAAGAAAGUGUCAAAAAAAUAUUUAUAUACAACGACACAGAAAGAGAAAUCCUUUUUGAUAUAUUCGACAUGAGUGAAAUGAUUUACAUAAUAAAAAAGACGAUGGACCAGACAAAAAAUAAAAUAAACCACAACAAUAAUAAUAACAACAAUAAUGAUAAUAAUAACAAUAAUAAUAACAACAAUAAUGAUAAUAAUAUUUAUAAUAAUAUUUAUAAUGCUCGAUAUCAUGAGAAAGAGACAUUUCAUUCCAUCAAAGAAAUACAAAAAACACAAAAUUUGAAUAAAACAAAAAAAAAAAUGAAAGAAAAUUUUUUCCUAAAUAUUUUUAAUUUGUAUAGUAGUGAUGAAGAAUCUUCUGGAGAUGAAAAAAAUAGUACUCAAGAAUAUAUAUCAUAUGAUAUACAAAAUAAAACAAAUAUAUUAUCAUCUAAAAAAUAUCUUGAUUUUAUAUACAAACAUAAUUAUUCUUUUAAAAAAUAUAUAAAAGAUAAUGAACAUUUAUUUCGUAGUGUUGAGAAAAAAAGUAUGAUAUUCUUUUCAAUGAGGAAAAAUAAUGAUAUUAAAGAUUGUUUUUUUAUAAUAAAUACAAAUUAUAAAGAUGAUAAUAAGUACUGUCUUAAUGCUUUUCAUGAUGAUGAUCAAACGGACGUAUUUUAUAAUAUCAAUUGUGAUAAUAUGAAUGAUUAUGAUAAUUGUUAUAAUUGUGAUAAUUUUUACAAUUGUGAUAACCUUGAAUCAUAUAAUCUUUUUCAUUUUUCCUUAAAAAAUAAAAAGAAUCAUAACAAAAGAUAUGUAAUAAAAUAUAACAACAAAGAAGAAAAGAAAACGACUUACAUACAAAUAUUUCUAAUCCAAAAAAAAAAAAAAUUAUUCAUUUAUAUUUCAAAUAUUGUAGAUAAUCUCAUACAAGUAAAAGGAAAGAUAAACAUGAACACUCUUCAUAAACAAAAUCAAUAUUUUAUAAAAAAAGAAGAAGAUAUAACAACAUAUGAUAAAACGGAUCAUAUAUAUAAAGAUAAUAUAAUAUCUCCCAAAAAAUAUAUAUGUAAUGAAUAUUAUAUAGGACAGAAUAUAAGAUAUAACAAAUUUAUUGAAAUAAUAAAAAGAUAUAAAGGAAAAAAAAAAAUUACAUUUAUAAGAAGAAAUAAGGGUUACAUAUUUUUAAAUAAUAUAUAUAGAAAUAUUAUUAAUAAUUGUGAAUAUAAUAAACAUAAACGUAAAAGUCUUUUUAAGUUUUUUAAAAAACACUGUUUUAUUAAACAAGGUAUGACAUAUAUGGCAUGGAAAAUAUUAACAUAUAUUCAUAAGAAAUGUAUAAAAAUUCAAUUCAACAUAAAAGAUGAUACAGCAACAAAAAAAAAAAAAAAUAAAAAAAAUAAUAAAAAUAAAAAAAAUAAUAAAAAUAAAAAAAAUAAUAAAAAUAAAAAAAAUAAAAAAAAUAAUAUAUUUAUUCACAAUAAUAAUAAAAAUUAUUAUUAUUAUUAUUAUUAUUAUUAUUAUAUGUUGAAAUAUCUUUGUGGUUAUCAUACAUAUAGCAGAAAUAUUCACUUAUAUGAAAAAAAUAAUAAAAAUAUAUUUUAUAUUAUAAAUCAUAAGCAAGAAAAAAAUAAUAAAGAAACUGAUCCUAUAGAAGAAUAUAAUUACUAUAUACAUCUAAAAAAGGAUAUAAGAUUCCAUUUUUUCACAUCUGUAAUAAUACAAGAUAAUUAUAUUAAUCGAAACAAAUAUGAAUCAAGACAUUCUAAUGAUUUUCAUAGUUAUUCUUAUAUAAAUAAUUAUCAUAAUGAAAAUUAUAUAAACAAUUAUUCAUCACAUAGGAAUAUUUCUUAUGAAUAUGGUUAUAAUAAUAUAAAUACAAUGGAUGAUAAUAUGAUAUCUUUAAAAAAAAAGGAUAAUAAUAUAAAUAAUGAAUAUGAUAAAUAUAUAAAUAAUAUAAUAAAUUACAAAGCAAAAGAUAACAAAAUAAAUGUAAAUAAAAAAAUAAAUGUUGAGAUACAAAAUAAUAUAUCAUCUAUUUUAUAUAAUCAAAGAGAUAAUGAAAAAACAAACAAUAAAAAUGAUAGACAACUUAAUACAUAUAUAAUAUAUGAAAAAAAAAAAAAAAAUGCACACAUAUUUACAUUAAUAUUAAAUAACAUAAAUUUAGCUAUAAAUAAAAAAAAUACUUAUAACGUAUCGUAUCAUAUUUUUCUCUCCAUUAAAGAUAUUCUCUUACUAUAUAUGUUAUCACCAGAAAUAAAUAAAAUAUUUUUUAAAAAGAAUAUAAAUCAAAAUAAAAAUCAUUAUCAUACAAAUGACUUGAAUGUAGAUAAGAAAAAAAAAAACCGUUCUGAAAAUGACAAAUGUGUUAAUACAUAUUGUGAUAAUAAUAAUAAUAAUAAUAAUAUGGAUUAUUUAAUAAAUAUAGAAAUACAAUACUUUUAUAAUAAUAAAUAUUCUUUUUAUAUAAAAAAUUUUUCUUUUUCCUUAUCACCUAUUUAUAUACAUUUGUCAUCAACACAUGUAGAAGACAUAUAUUUUUUUUAUAAUUAUAUUUGUGGAUUUAUUAAGAAAAAAAGAUCUGAAAAAAUAACAAACAAAAAAGAAAAGCUACAAGAAGAUAAUUUUAUAUUUCUUAACAUUGAUGAAAAUAAAUUAAAUGAAGAAAAAACAAAAAAAUCAAAAAAUGAAAAUAUAAUAAAAUAUCUAAAUGUAAUAUAUAAAAAUAUUUGCCUAUGUAAUAAAAAAAUGAUUUAUUCAAAUAUGAGAAAAAAUACAAAUAUAAAAUGUCCAUUGUGUAUUAAAAAAAAAGAAUCUUUAUUUUCUUGUAAUAUAAAAAAGAAGAAGAAAAUAAAAAUUAAUAAUUUAUAUAUUAGUACAUUAAAUAUUAAUUUAUCAUAUAAUAAAAUGAAAAGAAAUGUAAAUAUAUAUAUAAAUAAAAAUGAACAAGAAAAAGAUAAUAUGUAUUAUAUUUUAAAUUAUUUUUAUGAUAUAAAAGAUGCAGACUUUGUAUUAUCAUCAUUCAAUUUAAAAAAUGUUAAAGAAAAUGAUAUAUUGAACAUUUUUAAUUACAUAUUUAAUUUUUAUUUAAAAGAAUUAUAUAAAAAUUUUUUCUUUUAUCUAACAAGAAUGAAUUUAAUAAAUAAAUAUCUACAUGAUUAUUAUAAUUUUUUUCAUGUUAUUAUAGACAAUAGUAAAAUUUUUAACAUUGAUAUAUCAAAUAGUCUUAAAACUUUGAAAGAAGAAAUACAAAAAAGAGGAAAUCAGUUUAAUAUUUCACAAUAUAUUAUUAAAGGAGUACAUGAAGAAAAAGAAAAUCAUAUAAUACAAGAUGAUAUAAUAUAUUAUAAAUAUAAUAAUAGUGUAAAUAUAGAUAAUAAAACAAAUAAACUUGUUGAUCAUACUACACAAACACAAAAAUAUUUUAAUAAAGAAACAGAAAUUGAAAGUCAAAUAUUUUUAUCUAGGAAAUAUAAAAGUUUAUUAUUACAAAAUAAAAUAAAAACAACUGGACAUGAAAAUCUUUUUAAAAUUUGGAAUGAUUUACAAACUUAUAGUGAUUCAAAUGCAUAUAUAAAAUCAAAAAGAAAAAAAAAAAUACAGAAUAUAAACAAAAAACUUUUUUAUAUACAUAAUAAUAAAAAAAGAUAUAUAUUAAAUUAUUCAACAAAUAAUAGUGAUUAUAAUUCUUAUGACAAUAAUGAAGAUGAUAUUAUUGAUAAUAAUAUUGUUAUACAUCAAAAUAUAAAACAAGAUCAAGAAAUAAAAAAUAUAAAGGAAAAAGAUAAAGAAAAAUAUAAUUAUUCAAAUUUUAAUUUAUUUAAUAAUACAAUAAAAUCAUUUGGAAAGGAUAUAAUGUCAGGCAUUAAUAAUUUUCUAUAUAAUAAUAAUGAUAAUAUAAUAAAAAAUUAUAAAAAUCAUGAUUUAUUUUUUGACCUUGAUAAGAAGCAUAUUAUUAAUUAUUUUACUUCAACAAUGAAAGAAAUAAAAUCUAUAAAAAUGAAGGAUUCUUUACAUUCAUAUGAGAAGAAAGAUCAAAUAAUUACGUACUUUCCAAUUUAUAAAAAGAAUAAAAUUUUGUUUAACCAUUGCUCUAUCAAAAAAUGGGAAAUUUUUAAAAACCACCCACUAUACAACUACAUAAUCCUCAAUUAUCUGUAUGACAAAAAAGAAGACAUGCUAAUAUUAUUUUGUGAUGAUAUCAUUGUUCAAAUAAAGAGUAAAAAAAAACAUGCUGUUAUAAGAAAAGAAAAUAUUAUAAAAAUUGAAAUGUGCUGUAUUUAUUUUAAUAUGACAUUUGAGUGUGAUAAAAAUAUUAUCUUUAACAUAAAAAAUAUUAUAAAAAAAAAUAAAAAUAAUUUCCUUGGUCUUUAUUUUGAUAUACUUUUUAAAAACAAAAAGAAAAAAAGGCUAAUAAAAAAAAUACACAAAAAUCUUGUGAAAAUCUUGUACUUCCUUUAUUAUGUAUUUCAUUUUAUAUAUAAUUAUAAUAAAAAAAUUGCAAACAUGAAAAAAUUAAAAAAUAAAAAUCUACAUCAAAAUAUUAAUCAUGAACAGACAAAUACAAUAAAUUCUACUUCUUAUAAAUCUAAAGAACAUCCAUUUAUAACAAUAUUUCUAGAAAACCAAAAAACUAUUUUUUCUUUUUCAUCCAUAACACAUUUUUAUUACUUCUUUAUUAAUAUAAGAGAUCUAUUAUUUAAUAAAUCGUAUUAA